GGCAGCAGGACGUGUAUACGCUGCACACUGUAGCACAGCGUAAAACUGCCUUGCUUUCCCUUUAGCGGGCUCAGUCAUUCCUUAGACACUGGACCAACAACUACAGCCUGUCGGUUCUUUUCGUAGAUUUCCCCUCUCUGAUUUCGUCUGCGUGCGGUGCAGUUUGAGUUGUUUUAACGUAUGCGACGUACCCGGUCCAAGUUUUAGUGUUUAACGUUUCGAGUUGAAGACUUUUCAAACGGUUCAGUGUUUCUCAUUCUUACGUUUUAAAAACAAAACAAAACAAAACAAAAUAAAACAAAACAAAAAUACCUUGGAAUUUGAACAUCAAAUCAAGCGGAAUCGGAUCGCUGUCUACCACUGUCGUCCCCAAGAGUCUCUGAUUAAGGUUAGUGGAAGGAGGAAAAAGAAAACCAACGCGAUCGCCAACUAAGCAUGCGCCACUGAAUGUCGGCGUUAGCGUCACCGUCACCGUCACCGUCGAGAAUGGCCUGUUCAAAAAUCGCGCUUCUGUUGGCCGUGCUGCCGCUAUUGUGCGCCACACGAGGGGAAUGGCCGAACGAUCAUCAACAUGCUUCUCGAAUGCGAUUGCACUCGACGAACAAAGGCACCAACAAUCUCGGCUGGAAUGGCGUUGGUGUUGGCGUCGGGCCGUUGGCGGAUGGUUCUGUCGACAGUGACAGACGACCAAUUAGAAGCCGGCAACGGAGACAAACCGGCACAGUCGGCGGCGGCAGUAAUGGCGAGAGACGAUCCACGCAGCGAGUCACUUCGCCACCGCUGCUGCUACAGGGUUUGUCGUUGCUCGACCUUCCCGUCUUCUCGCGCGGUGACAGACCGAGCUCCAUGGACAAAACGUUGGGCGCCAUCUUCAGUAAAGUGGCCUUCUCGGCCACCAACCAAUCGGGUGCGACCGCAUCGGUGGCCGUGGCGUCAUCCAACAAGAACAUCGAUCACACUGAUAAGGUCGACGAACGCAAUGUUGCGCCAGACAGCCGCCACACAUCGUCGAACGGUAGCCAUUCGUCAACGAGCCCAACGACAACGGAGGCGUCCACGUCGGCCAGCGAAACCAAGAGUGCUCUGCCUAGUAGUAGCAGCACGUCGAUGCCCGUCCGACCGAAGCCCGUCUUCGAAUUCGACACGCGCGUCUUUGAUUUCAUCCCUUACGAUCGGACGCCGCCUCCGUCGGAUGCCAACCGCCAAUACAACCCGAACGUGCCCGGAUUGAGGGGCCCGUCGCGGAUCAACACGGCCCGCAAUCCCGGCAACAACCAGCCCUUCAAUCUCCGACCUACCAUUCCGCCGCUGGUGGAUCUGAGCGGAGCUGGCCACGCUGGCAAUCGUUUCGUGACCAGUACCAGACACCACACAACCACCACCGUCAUGCCGAGUACCACCGUUGAAACGGUUCGAGAAGAAGAAGAAGAAGAAGACGGAGAAGAAGAAGACGGCGACGACGAUGGCAUGUUAGACACAACGACGACGACGACGACGACGACGACGACGACAACGACCACCACCGUAGCGCCCCCAUCGACAGUGUCCGUUCCUACAACAAACAGGACGGCGUCAGGACCCAGCGAAACAUCGACGCCAGCGAGCCGAGGCCAUCCGUCGACUUCCAGCACGAGAGACGUGACGAGUCGCGUAGAAAGUGAGGACGAAAGUGGCGCUAAUCGCGAUGCAGCCUGGAGCAUUCAGGUGUACGGCGCGUCGUCGUUGUUCGCUUUGUUGGGCAUGUUCGCCCUGUCGAAUUUGUUGCGACUGCGAUCUUCGACGAGACGCUUACUGAACACCAGUCAUUGCUUGUCGAUUCAGCUGUUGGUUCUCUUCCUGGCCAUCACACGGUCCAUCCACUUGCUGUACGACGCGUACAAUCACAAGAGAUUGUUGCCACCUGCAUUAGCCUUUAGCAUCUUUAACGUGGCCUUCCCAUGCCUCAGUUCCGCCCUGGCUGUCCUUCUUCUCGGAAUCUUCAAAGCCACUAAACUGCAGGUGAUGCCAAGCGUGCUAGUUAAACCGGCUCUUUGGGCGGCCUUGGUGGCCUUUCAUUUUGCUCUGAGUCUCAGCAUCGACAUCGUCGUCGGUUCCGUGGGCGGUCUCUUCUCGUUGCACCUGGCCAGUCAGGCCUAUUUCGUGCUGUGGUCGCUGGCAUUGUCGCUCGGCUAUCUGGCAGCCUUUGCUCCGGCCACCCGGGCUGCCGUCAGCCUGCAGACGGAGACGGUGCGCAGCCACCUGACUGCCCUCCACGUCCACGGCGCUUCUUUGCCCAGAUACUUACCUCAUCCAACGCUGCUGCGAGCUGUCCGCGUCACCCUGGCCGCCGCCAUUUUAGCCCUGCUCGUGGCCGCUUUCCAGCUUUACGGCAUGUUCGGCGUCUACGGUUUGCCAUGGCGACAGCAGCCAAACACGUCGGCUGGCAGUGCCGGCCACGGCAUCGGUCUCGGCAAUGGCGCAGUUCCAGUCGUCUUAACAGCCGAGUUCUUGGCUCGCUACCAGGGCCUGCAACGCGAGCGUAACCUGAACGUCGAUGCGCUGCGCGAGGUGCUAGGUCUUCCUUCGUCCUUGUCCGGCAUGGAACAAGCGGCCGAACAGAAGAGACUAGAUCACUGGCCAGUGGCAACAGAAAACUUUUGGCCAUGGUGGACGUAUCAGCUGAUUGCUCGUCUCCUCGAGUUCAUCAUGGCUACUCUCAUCGCCUACGUUGCCGUCCAACCGUUGCGCUACAAUCAAACGACGCUAGCAGAGAAGCAAGGCGACUCUAGCGGCCCGUCUUCCUCGUCGACCACCAAAAAGGGUUCCUUGUGGAUGUUUGCCGGUAGGUCGCUGAAGAACGGUUCAAUCGAGACGCUGUCGACCCUUUGCUGCCACAGCAACAGAGGCGCCAUGGCACGUAAUGGAGCGGGUGCUGGCGAUGCGGCCACUGGAGGCGCCAUGACCGAUCUGUCGCCGAUCAAGUCAGUCGCCUCGGACGAGUCGCCCUACCCGUCGGUCAAUUUGCGAAACUAUUGCUACUCGAAUCCGACGUCAUCUCAUCAACACCAGCAUCUGCACCUUCAUCAGGUUCAACAGCAAAUGGACCGGGCGGCCAUGGCCAGCCAUUCGGCUACUUCAUCGGCUUCGUCCUCUUCGGCUUUCACAGCGCUCUACGAUUCGAAGCGAUCCUCGUCGCAAGCGCAACACCAACGGCCGCGCUGCCCAAUGAAUGCGUCGCAGCCGCAGGUCUCUUCCGUGUUGGUCAACGACAGUGGUUUCAUCCGGUUUCGGGAUGGCGUCGCCACCGAUCCCACCGAUCAAAUGGAACAGCCCUACGAGGAGGUGGAUCGGCAGCGCGGACCCUUGGCCACAGAUGCACACCAUUCACACCAGCACAUUUAUCAAGAGCUCGGCUACAAGGCGCCGUCGAUGACCUACUACUCGACCGCCUCUUCGAUGACGUCUUCGUCCAACACCAACAAAGGUACGGCCACGACGCCGUCCGUCUGCACCUACGAACAUCUUUGCCGGCGAGGACUGGCCGGCUAUUAUGAGCCGCAGCUGUAUGAGAUGCAACUGCCAAACAAUGCGCAGUUGCUCAGUUUGCUGGCCAAGGAAAGCUGCCAGGUGUUUCAGCCGUGCAACAUCUACGGUGGUUCGCUGGCUGGGCAGCAUCCUUCGUCCAUGCCCACGCAGCAUUUACUGCGCCACCAACAUUGUCAGCAUUGUCAACAUUGCGGUUGCAGCAGUUCCAGUCAGCACAUGGCCAGUGGUGGAGCUGACAAUCACGACGAGUCGCCAGCAGCGUCGCUGUGCGGUCAGAAACCGUCCAAUUACGAAUCGUAUGGACCCAAACCUGAAGGGCAGAGUCCAUCUAAUCAGUCGGAAGUUCUGCAAGUGAUUGCGCCCCCGGAUAUGAGGAACAUUCCCAUUUUCCUGUAGUGCGUAAGACAACUUGAACGACGGAUAAAGCAGGCCAACGUCAACAAGUAAACAACAAACAAACAAACAAACAAACAAACUCCCCUUUUCAACCAAAUAAAGUGUCUCCCAGACGAUGGUGAAUUCGUGAUGAUUUGGGUUUUGAAACACUUUGUCCAUAUGCUGCGCAUCUAGCCCAAACGUCUUCCAUCUACACUCUUGUUCGUCAACCAUCUUCGGGUACGGAAAAUGGACAAAAUGUUGAAUGCCAAGCCCAAGGUAUGGCAGCGCAAGAACUCAGCCGGCAAAUAUGUACAUAUAGUGUAUAUAUAUAUAUAAAGAAAAAAGAAAAAAGAAAAGAAAAUGGUUAAGGUGCCACAAUGUGGCUAAAUAGCUCUCUGGGAAGCCGCUACCGAUUGACGGGGCGAAAAGAAGGAAACGUCCAAUUUCAACUGUAACGGGAGAGCUUCAACUGUUUUGCCGUGCAAAUUUUUUAAUGCUUCCUCUCCGAAUGGAAUAUUAAAAAUGGAAACAUGAAAUGUCAAUGGAGAGGCAUAAAUAGAAUAACACGGGCAACCCCAAUUGAUUAACGUACUCGGCUAAAUGGUGGCUGCAAGAAAUGGGGUCGAGAAAUGAAUCAAGAACAACCCUCACCUCUUUUCCUCUACGACAGCGCGAAAUUACCGAAACGUUCGUUUUAGUGAAGCGCGCUGAAACCAACGAAGGCUAAUUGAGCUGCAUGACGAAACUGCGCGAUGCGUGCCAUUGCUGAACCACCACGAUCGACGAUGAGUGCUUUGCGUUUUAAUGUGCAUCACAACGCUCUGAAGGCACACCCCGGAUCCGAAUCCGUCCGUUCAUUUGACUUUCUCCGUUGCGCCUUCCAUCGUCAUUCAGCUGGACAUACAAUAAGGAGAAUCCGUCAAAAUUCCAACACCAAUCCUUCUCGCUCAUCACGAUUUCGGACGCAACUUGAACGAGUUUCAACGCAACCGAUACCUGUUCCGUCGAACCACCAGUGGGUCUAAUCACAGGACAUACAAUGAAAUGAUGGGGGCGCGACAGGCUGUUUUUUCCGCCUAGCAUGCCUUCACGGUCUAACGUUUCCUGAGAAGUGGCAACUGAUAAAACCAUCAACGGAAUCCUCUGAUGCCAUAAAUGUGAUCAGUGGCAGCGGUAAAGGGUUGCAAAAACCUUGGAGUCACACAGCUCGUAGUCUUGGCCAUUCAGAUAAGUUUUCAGUUCGGUUUAAUGGCCAGACACGCCCGACUCGACGUUGCUCGCCUUAGUGAAACCAUCUACUUAAUCUAUAAAAUGCCCUUCUACUGCAGUUACAAUCCGCUUCUGACUUCAGAAGUCUGGCCCCCUGAAACUGAUCUAACCGUUGUCUGUCCAGGAUUUGGAAAUCUUCCUCCUCUACUUAUCGAGAAACUCUCAGAAGUAAACGAAAGGAACGGAAGCGAUCUAGACAUGUUUGAAUCCUGACACCAGCGCUCGCACCCCUAGCACGAUUGGAACGCGUCCAAACCGAUUGCGUGUGGUGACAAAAUUCGAAGAACAAUCAGCAGCUUAAUUCAAACUUGCCGAGAACCACACUGUUUUGGUAACUUGGACGAUGUAAAUUGACCGACUGAGGUCUUUCUCAAAUAUGAGACCGUGAAACUGAUUCCCAGUAUGAAGUCGUUGGUUCUCAUGAAAAACAUAUUCAUUUGUAAAUUGACGUGGAUGCAUUUUGUUGAUAAUACUGUUCGAAUUAUGUACGUAAAGAAAAUAUUGAUUGUUACGUAUCACUGUAAAAACGCAAGCGUCACUAAUGACCAUUGGAAUAUUUGACCACGCCUUACGGCAUGUUGUUCAUUUUCCAUGCGAACAUUCAUUACGAGAUGUUUACACGACUGAACUGUUCUCUUUUCCCAUUUUCUUUUCCAUAUUCCUAUAUCUUCGCUCAUGUCAUUUGGAGCACGUUGUGUUCCUUCCCUAGUCUGGCGAGUGUAAAUGUUUGUGGGGACGUAUUAUGAAUUGUGACAUUCCAAUACAUAGUUCUUUUAUUAGUA